AUGCCACCACCGCUCCAGAUCCCCCCGUCGCGCGCCCGCCGCCAAUUCGCCGCGCGCCUCGCCCAACGCAAACUCGAGUUCGAAGCCAGCCAGCAAGCCGACAACGCCGAAGACGGCGACGACUCGCUGUCGGACCCCAGCGCCCUGGCCAACCCCGACGACGACGAAAACGAGAAGCAGAAGGACGGAAGCAGGGCGAAGGAGCCGCACGAGCGGUUCACGGGCAUCUUCGAGGGCAUCGAGGACGAUAGCAGUUCGAAUGAUGGGAGCGAUGAUCUGGAUCCUGAGAUGGAGAGGAGGGAGAGGGAGGGCGCGUUGGUUGCGUAG